CUCGCCACAAUCACAACUCCGAACCUCUCAUCUCUUGAAGAAUCGAAUUCCUAAACACACACACACGCAGUUGCAAGCAGAGACAUGUGGAGAUCACUCGCCGCAAGAUCAAGAGCUUCUGUUCUGACCAAGGCAGAACACACCUUCGCUGCUGCCGCUACCCAAAAGCCCAAGGUACUCCCCUCUAAAACCCUAAACCCUCUUCCUCAUUUCCCCACUAGAUCCCCUCCCCCCAGGUUCUUCUCUCAGGUCUCCGAAACCAUUACUUACUCCGACACCCCAGAACCGCCGCCGCCGUCUUCUUCUCUCGACGAAGAGGAAAUUGACGAUGCUGCCCCUGGGGAUGGGGUUGCGGGUGUCUCGGAGCAAGAGAUUGGGGAGGUGAGGGAAGAGGAGGAGGAGGAGGAGGAGGAGGAGGUUUAUGAGAUUGAUGUGGAGAAACUGGAGGGAUUGGUGGGUUUGCUGAAGGAUGGUGGUGAUGGGUCUAUUGAGGCGAGCUUUAGGGAUUUGGAUUUGAGGUUACAUGAUGUUUUUGUGACUAAAGUUGUCGAGACUCCGGGCGUUGUGGGGGAGAAUCUGAUUAGGUUGUUUAAGUGGGGUUUGAAGGAGAAACCGGAGUUUCGAGUGAAUAGGAAGAUGUUGGAUGGGCUUGUGGUAGCAAUGUGUGGGGUGGAUGUUACAAAGGAAGAUGUGUGUUCUUUGUGGGAGUUUAUUAAGGUGGUUGGGAAGGAGGAGAGUGGUUUGUUGAGUGUGGAUUUUUUGAAUGUGUUGAUGUCUUUGUUUUCGGAGUUGGGUGAAGGGAAGGCCGCAUUGGAGGUGUUGGGGAAGUUUGAUGAUUUUGGGUGUGUUCCGAGUGCGGAUUCGUAUUACUUUGCUAUUGAGGGGCUGUGCAAGAGUGGGGAUUUUGAAUGUGCGAAGUCUGUUUCGGAGGAGAUGAUUCAUGGGAGAUGCUCGCCGGAUGCGGAGAAGGUUGGGAUGAUUUUAUCUUGGUUCUGCAAGGCGGGGAUGGCGAAAGAGGCGCAUUCGGUGUAUUUGUUGUUGAAGGAGGUGAAGCAGUGCCGGCCUUGGUCGUCUGUUUAUUUUUUGAUCAGUUCUCUUAGUAGGGAGGAUGAAACUGUCAAAUUGGCUCUAGACAUGCUAGAGGAGAUUGAUGGUGAAGCACGAAAAUAUGCGAUAAAGCCCUUUUCGGGUGUUGUUCAAGGGUUAUGUAGGAUAAAGGAUGUUGAUGGGGCUAAAAAAUUGCUUAUUCAAAUGACAAAAGAGGGCCCACCUCCUGGAAAUGCAGUUUUCAAUUCAGUUAUCAAUGGCUAUUCCAAGGCUGGGGAUAUGCAAGAUGCGAUAGAGAUGAUGGAGCUGAUGAAGAGCAGGGGCUUGAAACCAGAUGUUUUUACUUACACUGUGAUUAUGAGUGGUUUUACAAAAGGUGGUCUGAUGGAAGAGGCAUGCAAUAUGUUAUCUGAAGCCAAAAAGAAGCAUGCGAAACUGACUCCUGUGACUUAUCACACACUCAUCUCCAGCUUAUGCAAACUGGAACAGUUUGACAAGGCUUUGGAGUUGUUUCGCGAAAUGAAAGAUUUUGGUGUACAGCCAACAACCGAUGAGUACAACAAGCUGAUCCAAUCACUUUGCCUGAAAGCAUUGGAUUGGGAAACGUCAGAGAAACUGCUAGAAGAAAUGAAAAACAGUGGGUUGUAUCUCAAUGAUUAUACGAGAGGUCUCAUAAGAGCAGUCAAGGAAAUGCAGACAGAAAAAGUAGAGAUGCAGAAAAUAAUUGCAUAAGCUUAGAUGCUAUCUGGUUUUUGCUAUUGGUAAGCAGGAUACAAGAAGAGUUAGGCAGUAGAAUGCAGACUAGCAGUUUUUUUUUUGUUGGCAUUUUUCAGUUGCUUGUUUCUUAAUUUAUUGAAUUGUACCAUUUAGGAUAUGGUUUAAUAUUGCUUAAAAGUGACCUCAAAAUUAAGAUUUGCUUCCAAUGAAUAUUUUGAAGGAUGCAUGCUUUUUCUUUGAGACUGAGAGGGUUAGUGCUUAGUUCUUAGUCUUGUAAUAAUUGCAUCUAUAAUGUAACAUUAUUGAUCGUGAAAUCUGGAAACACAUACUUAUUCCAUAA